AUGGGUGAAAGGUUCAAGACUAAUUAUGAUGGGGCUGUGUUCUCUGAAUCGGGAGAGGUUGGUAUAGGGAUGGUGGUUCGGAAUGCAAAGGGAGAGGUAAUCGCUGCUCUUGCCGAGAAGAUUCUGUAUCCAGGUUCGAUGGAAGUGCUGGAAACUUUGGCUGCGAGAAGGGCUGUCAAGUUCAUUGUUGAGCUGGGUAUUGCAGGUUCGGAAUUUGAAGGAGACUCGGAAGUAGUGUGCAGAGCUUUGAAGUCUACUGAGUCAGGGCAAUCAUCCAUCGGACAGAUUGUAAAAGACAUUAUGUCUAUUAUUGUUUCACUUAGUUUUUUCUCAUUCUCUCAUAUUAGGCGGCAGGAUAAUUGUGUAGCCCAUGCUUUGGCUAGGAGAGCAAUUGUUUCAUUUCCGUUACUAGUUUGGAUGGAGCAUGUUCCAUCUGAUAUUGAACCUUUUGUUGUUUCAGAUAUUCCAGGUAGUCAAUAA